CGCUCGUGUCCGGCGGCGGCCCGCCGCUGGCCCUGCUCCUUGUCCUGGCGCUGGCGGCCACGGCAACCGCGAGGGCCGCUUCUUCGUCGGCCUUUCCUCAGUUCCAUGUUCGCCGCGCAGACGCAGCAGGACCCGUGUUUCGACGAGAUGAACAACCCGCGCCGGUGCAUCCCGGACUUCGUCAACGCCGCGUUCGGUAAAGAGGUGCGCGUCAGCUCCGAGUGCGGCAACCCGCCGUCGCGCUACUGCGCCACGGCCACCGACGAGAAAGGCGAGAUCGUGCGCAAUUGUCAGAUCUGCGAUGCCGGCAACCCGAAGCGCCGGCACCCGGCCGCCUACCUGACAGACCUGAACAACCCGAACAACGUCACCUGUUGGAUGUCCGAGCCAUUCCAGCAGCCGCUGCACAACGUGUCCCUGGUUCUGAGUCUGGGCAAGAAGUACGAAUUGACCUACGUGAGCCUGCAGUUCUGCGGCGCCAAGCCGGACUCCCUGGCCAUCUUCAAGAGCACCGACCACGGCCGCUCCUGGCAGCCGUUCCAGUUCUACUCGUCACAGUGCCGCAAGAUGUAUGGCCGUCCGAACCGCGCGUUAAUCACGAAGGCCAACGAGCAGGAGCCGCUCUGCAGCGACCCGCAGUCGAGCACCGAGCAGCUCUCCGGGGCUCGCAUCGCCUUCUCGACGCUCGAAGGACGGCCGUCGGCCUAUGAGUUCGACAGCAGCCCCGUGCUUCAGGAGUGGGUCACCGCCACCGACGUCAAGGUGGUCUUCAACCGACUCACCAACUGGGCGCUGUCGGAACCCACCGACAACGAGACCCUGGUGCCGGUGCGCGACGCCUCCUACUACUACGCCGUCUCCGACUUCGCCGUGGGCGGCCGCUGCAAGUGCAACGGCCACGGCUCGCGUUGCGUACAGAACAGGGACGGCCAGCUAGCCUGCGAGUGCAAGCACAACACCGCGGGCCGUGACUGCGAGAAGUGCAAGCCUUUCUACUACGACCGGCCGUGGGGGAGGGCCACGGCGCACGAUGCCCACGAGUGCGUCCCUUGCAACUGCAACCUGCACGCCAGGCGAUGCCGCUUCAACAUGGAGCUGUACAAGCUGUCGGGUCGUCAGAGCGGCGGCGUCUGCCUCAACUGCCGCCACAACACGGCCGGACGCCACUGUCACUACUGCAAAGAAGGCUAUUACCGGGACCAUUCCAAGCCCAUCACCCACCGAAAAGCGUGCAGAGCGUGCGACUGCCACCCAGUGGGAGCCUCGGGGCGCACCUGCAAUCAGACCACGGGCCAGUGCCCCUGCAAGGACGGUGUCACCGGGACCACGUGCAACCGCUGUGCCAAGGGAUACCAGCAGAGCCGGUCACCCAUCGCACCAUGCAUCAAAAUACCUACAGUGGACCAUUCGAUUAUGGCAGCUGGAGGACCUGAACAAUGCUCUAAAUGCAAGACAACUACAAAGAGAAUCAACCAGAGGAAGUACUGCAAGAGGGACUUCGCCAUCCAGGCCAACGUGCUGUCCCGUGAGACGGUGGGCAGCUGGGUGCGAUUCAACAUCCAGGUGGUGGACAUCUUCAAGUACGGCCCGUCUAAAGUGCGGCGCGGCAACGACUUCCUCUGGGUGCCCAUGGCCGACCUGGCCUGCAAGUGCCCUAAACUGAGGCUGAAGAGCAGCUACCUCGUUCUCGGCAAUGAAGAGAUGCAUGACGGCCAGCCGGGCCUGACAGCGGACAAGAACAGCAUCGUCAUCGACUGGAAGGAUGAGUGGGGAAGGAGGCUGCGAAAGUUUCAAAGGCGGCAAAGGAAAGGCAGGUGCAAGAAUUGAAAGUAGCCGGGCUGAACGAGAACCGCUCAUCCCGCCAGCCGACCCGUUCUUUCAUUUAUUUGUGCAAAGACCCAAUGCGGAAUGCGAUGACGCACGCGCGCGAAGUCGUCUUAGGGGCUUUUGACCUGCACUGUUCUGUCUUGACGAUGCAUCGUCCGGACCGAAGACGUAUUUCACUGGAACAGCCUGAGUGCAACAAUGAUGUCAUUUCGUGAACCGAUAUCCGGAUGAAGUUUACACUUUGUGGGUUCACUCAGUCGAAGGAACGUACGUUGCGGGAAUGUUGCUACAGUAAUGUCGAAUUUUCGCAUCGGAGAUUGUACGGGCUACCAGAACUGUAGUUUUCAUGUAUUACAUUAACGUCAAGCUUCAACGUAUCCUUCCAUUGCCUGAUUGUGGUCUAAAUAUAUCCCGAGAACGAGCUCUAGGGCACCCGCGUACACAUGGGAGACUUAUCUUGGACAGUGUAAAUCCUAUCACGAACUUGUUGGCCUUUUUUAAUCGAUAUUUUUGAGAGUUCCGAAUUCAGGGCGGUGGUUAAUUCGUCAACGUCCGCAAUCUGGUAAAAGCCACGCAAGCGCGAAUAAUGACGGAAAUGACUCCUCCCAGGGAUGCAAAUAUGAACGAUGGUUCUAAUUAUUAUGUCACAGCAUCGCUUCUCAAUGUUGACCAAUUUAACCAUAGUGCAUGCGGGAACAUCUCAAUGAAAAAGCAGAGAGACGGUGGCUCGAAUGACUCGAGGAGAAGAAAAUGGAACGCCAGUGAGUGCGAGACGAGUGCACCAAGACAGCGUGUCUGUUUCAAACACAAGUUUCAUUUUUCUCUUAGUAUAAGCACUGCUGAAAGGUUCGAAAGGUGAAGUGCCGGAGUUCGAGCGCAUAGCGAUACCGCAAUUAUCACAUAUAUUUCCCUUAUGGUGCCAGGCCAGAAUUAAGCGGGAAAUCGCAUCUUCGCAUAGCAAUAGUUAGAAUCGCAUCGCAUCAAUUGCGGAUGCGACAGUUAUUCUGCAAGAAAAUUUAACUGUCC